GUUUCACAAGAGUACAUUGAAAAGAAGGAAAAACAAUGGCAGCAAAAACGUGAGAAGCCACGUCUCACGGUACGCCAGCAGCAGAUCAAGAAGGACAACGAAAUGUGGGAAAAUAAUCGUUUGGCAAGAUCAGGUGUUGUUUCGUUAACCGAUGAACAGAGUGAUUUCUUUGACGAUGAAUCGGACGAGAAUCGAGUGACACUGCUUGUGCAGAAUGUUGUGCCGCCGUUUCUGGAUGGAAGAUUUGUGUUCACGAGGCAAAGUAAACCAGUUGUUCCGGUGAAAGACGCGACCUCCGAUCUCGCUGUUGUUGCCACAAAAGGAAGCAAAGUUGUCCGGAUGUGGCGUGAAACAGAAGAAAGAAAGAAGGCACAAGAAAAGCACUGGGAUUUGGCCGGCUCCAAACUUGGCAAUUUAAUGGGCGUGAAGGCGAAGCCAGAUGAGAUAAGCAACGAUGAUGAAGCGGGUACUAGUUACAGGCAAUUUGCAAGUCAUUUAUCUGAAUCGCAAGCUGUCUCGGAUUUUGCACUGGAGAAGUCAAUAAAGGAGCAGCGCGAAUAUUUGCCAGUUUUUGCGGUGAGACAAAAAAUGCUGAACGUAAUCCGGGAUAACAGUGUGGUAAUCAUUGUUGGCGAAACCGGUAGUGGCAAAACAACCCAGUUGGCGCAGUAUUUGCUCGAAGAAGGCUAUAGUCAUAAUGGAUUAAUUGGUUGUACACAGCCUCGGCGUGUAGCAGCUAUGUCAGUUGCGAAACGAGUAUCUGAAGAGAUGGGUGUCGAACUGGGCCAAGAAUGUGGCUACGCUAUCCGAUUUGAAGAUUGCACGUCGGAGAAUACACGAAUAAAGUACAUGACCGAUGGUAUUCUUCUCAGAGAAUGUCUGGGCGAUCCAGACUUAGAUCAGUAUGCAGCGAUUAUUAUGGAUGAAGCACACGAGCGAUCACUAAACACGGAUGUGCUGUUUGGUCUGUUGCGAGACGUCGUUGCGCGCCGUGCUGAUCUCAAGCUAAUCGUCACUUCUGCUACUAUGGACGCCGAGAAGUUCGCAAAUUUCUUUGGUGGACACACUCCAUGCUUUACUAUUCCUGGACGUACAUUCCCUGUCGAAAUAUUCCAUGCACGUACGCCGAUGGAGGAUUAUGUCGAUGUAGCUGUGAAACAGGCAGUGAAAGUUACUUGUGGUAUGAUCAAAAAUCAGCUGGAAGAGCUCGAUGAUGCUCCGCCGCUUGCUGUGCUGCCCAUUUAUUCGCAGCUUCCCAGCGAUUUACAGGCAAAAAUUUUCCAUAAAGCUCCCGGUGGUAUUCGUAAGUGCAUCGUCGCAACAAAUAUUGCGGAAACAUCGCUCACCGUUGAUGGAAUAUUGUUUGUUAUUGAUCCUGGAUAUUGCAAGCUGAAAGUUUUCAAUCCAAGAAUUGGUAUGGAUGCACUUCAG